CGCUUUUCAACAACAACGCAACGGCGAAGAAGAAGCAGAAGAAGAAGAAGCAGGAAUGGACGUGUCAGAGGACAGGGAGGAGCGCCCUCACGGCGAUGACUACGAUGAGCUCUCACUGACCGGAGGGGAGCGGAGAUCGAAGAAAAAGUCAUCGCACAAGAAAAAGUCGUCGCACAAGAGCGAUCGCAAGCACAAGAAGAAGGACAAGAAGAAGGACGCCAAGAAACACAAGAAGCACAAGAAGAAGCACAAGCGAUCCAGCAGCUCCAAGGACCGCUCCAGAGGAGGCAGCGGCAGCGGCAACAGCAGCGAGUCAUCGGAUUCAAGCUCCAGCGGCGACGAGUGGGUGGAAGCCGGCAGUGAGCCAGCAGCAGCACCAACCAAGGUGGCCGACUCGGGGCCUGCUGUGCCAAGCGCACAUGAAAUCGACACGGCGGCGAGUGCUGCAACUGCGGCAGAGACGGGCGGUGAUGCCGGUGCGCAGCGAGACAGCUGGAUGUCACUGGAAUCCUCGACCGACUUCUUCUCGUCGUUUGCCGCCAAGGACACGCGAGUGAAGAAGCGCGACAUCCGCGCAGCUGAAAAGGCCAAGCGGGAAGAGGAGAGCCUGCGCGUGCGCCAAUCCCGCGAGCUGAACCCGUACCUGAAGAACGGCGGCAGCGGUAUGCCUCCACGUCGCGACUCAAGCACAGCGAGUACACCAAGCUGGAGAGAGGCUGCUAUGCGUCGUGCAAGAGGCGAGUCUGCGAGCGUAACGCCGCGGCGUGGCGGGCGUGGCGGGUCAUCCUUCUCCGCAACAGCGAGCCCACACCUCGGUGGGCGCACAAGCGCCCCGGGGUCGAGCGGGAAGACGAUGAUGAUGCCAUCACGAUCGGCAAGCGGGUGGUCGCGCACAUCGUCCACAAGCUCUUUCAUCCAGUCGAGGCAGCAGCAAGACGACCGGGCCAGGGACCGCGAGUACAGUGGCCGUGAUCGUGAUCGUGGCCGUGAACGUGGUGGUGAUUAUGAUCGCGGUGAUGGCGCACGCGCCGAUCAGCGUGGUGGUGGUGGUGGUGGUGAUGGUGGCGACAGGAUGCAGAGCACGCGCGAUGAGGGCGGCGCAGGGAGAGGGACACGCGGUGACUAUCGACGCGACAGGGACGACGCUUCCGCUGCAGGCACAACUGCAUCGCCACACCGCCGCCGCCACCACCAUGAUGCCGACUUGGAGGAGGACAAAGAGGAGAGGGGGCACCGCGAGCACCGUGAGCCUUCGAGUCGUACACGGGACACGCAGCCGGCAACAACAGCAUCAUCCGCGUCCUCCACGGUCAAGACAGAGGCAGCAGCAGCAGCAACGACGACGAGUCGGGCCGCUGCACCUGCACCAUCAGCGGACGAGAUGAAUGAAAUGGCAGCCGACAUUAUGCGGGCUGAACUCAUGGGCGACGAGGAUGAGGCCCGCGAGCUGCGGUCGAAACUGGAGAGCCUGCGCCGCCAAGCAGCAGCAGCAGCGCCGCCGCCAUCGCAACCACCAGCAUCAUCGUCGUCGUCAUCGACAGGAGGGUUGUUGCCGCUGCCGUCUGGUGCACCGCCAGAGAAGCGUGCGCGGCGCGGUGGCGAUGUUGAUGAGCACCGACGCGGGCUGCAUGGGGACGAGCGAGGGGGCGAUCGCCAGCGCGUUGCUGUGCUGACGACACGCACGAGCAGGGGCACGGUGAUGCCCAUGCCAAGGAGCGACGCGCCGGCGGGCGGCGCAAAGUGGCGCGAUAAGUUCCGCAAGGCGAAGACACACGACGUGAGCGGACAGCGCAUCAAAUUCUUUGCGGCAGACGGCGACGACUACGAUGUGCACGAGCUUGCACAGCGCGAGCGGCUGGGGCUUGAUGCAGACUAUGACGAGGAGUUUGCACGCAUGGCCGCGCGUGACGCAAGCCGUGCCACAGAUGACUACGAUGUGGAUGACAUGUUUGUUGAUCGCGCAGCCAAGGGCAUCUCACGCACAAAGCAAGCGGACCGAGACAGGCAGCGCGCCAUCCAAGACUUCCAUCGCCAGGACCGCGCGCUGGCCAACUGCGACCUCUGUCUGGACACGGACCGCUUCCACAAGAACCUCACCAUCAGCGUCGGAACAACGAUGUACCUGUCGCUGCCUGCGCGCGGUAGCCUGGGGCCGCAGCACUGCGUGAUUGUUCCCAUCCGCCACACGACGGCAGCAACAGACUUUGACGAGGACGAGUAUGCGGAGCUGCAGCGCUUCCAGCGUGCGCUCACAGAGAUGUUUCGCUCGCGGGACAUGGACGUUGUGUUUAUGGAGACGGUGAUGAACCCGAAGAAGAACAGACACACGGUCAUCCACGCCAUCCCGCUGAGUCGCGACGAUGGCGCAAUGGCGCCCAUGUACUUCAAAAAAGCGAUUGCCGAGUGUGACACCCAGUGGUCACAGCACAAGAAGCUCAUUGACACGCGCAAGAAAGGAUUCCGCAGAAGCGUGCCGAAGGGCUUCCCAUACUUCAACGUUGAGUUUGGGACGGAUGGCGGGUUUGCGCACGUGAUUGAGGACCAGACGCAGUUUCCCUUCUACUUUGGGCAAGAGAUUGUCGGCGGAAUGCUCGACCUUCCUCCCCGCACGUGGAUGAACCCGAGACCGGACAAUUAUUCCACCCAGCAGCGCAACAAGGCGCGCCUGGCCACGCUGUGGGCCAACUUUGACGUUACACAACAGUAGCCUCGGUGGCAAUGUGUGUGUGUUUGUUUGUUUGUUUGCUUGCUUGUUUGCUUGCUUGUAUGUUGUGUGUUUGUGUUUGCCUUUGCUUGUUUGCUUGUGUUUGUUUCCUUGAGUGUGUUUGUUUUGGUUUGUUUUGGUUUCGUGUGUCUGCUUGUGUGCUUGUGUUUGUUUGUUUUUGCUUCUUGUUUGCUUGGUCGUGUCAGCAUAACGUGCCAAUAUGAAAAGUUCAUCAAGAAUUUACAUAUGUGGUUGAGGAAGAAGAAGUCAG